UCAUUGACCUACUUUUCCUUAACCUUACCUUAUAAGCACUUCUUCCACAACUUUUAUGUUUUCAGACCUUCUUUUGUGUCUGCAUCUAUUUCUGAAUCAAAGUUUUCUCUCUUCUCAACCUUCUCUUAGAUCAAGAAACAAUCAACAAGCAUGUUUGGAUGUCCAGAGACAGUGGCAGAAAGAUUAGAUGAAAUAGCAAAAAUAAACUCAGAGGGAGAAACUUCUUCUCAAAUGGGAAGGAAGCAUCUUUAUGGUCCAACUUCUGGGACAACCUUAAACACAGUAACCCCUUGUGCUGCAUGUAAGCUAUUGAGAAGAAGAUGUGCUGAGGAAUGCCCUUUCUCUCCUUAUUUUUCACCACAUGAGCCUCAAAAAUUUGCAGCUGUUCAUAAAGUCUUUGGUGCUAGCAAUGUCUCUAAAUUGCUAUUGGAGGUACCUGAAGGACAAAGAGCAGAUGCAGCAAAUAGUAUGGUUUAUGAAGCUAAUUUAAGGUUAAGAGAUCCUGUUUAUGGAUGCAUGGGUGCAAUAUCAUCAUUACAACAACAAGUCCAAUCUUUACAAGCAGAGUUGCAUGCAGUAAGAACUGAGCUACUAAAAUACAAAUAUAGAGAAGCAGCUAGUUUCAUUUCUUCUCAAGUAUCAAUGCCUACAAGUGCAAACUCUCAACCUCUUCCUCUUCCUACGACUUUAGCUCCUCCGUCUCCAGCUCCUCCUCCGCCACAAAAAGUAUUGGCUUCUCAAUCUAUUAUCCUUUCGUCGUUGUCUUCGUCUUCAACUUCAUCUGUUUACACUCCACCUAAAACAACAAUGAGUCAUGGAUCUAUUUCUAGUGAAAAUAUUCCAUAUUUUGUUUAGGUCUAUUUGGUUGCUAUUUAUUUUCUAGGAAUAAUCAUGCUUAAUUUAUUAUAUGAGUAGAUGUAUAACUUGACCCUUUUUGGUCAUCUUUUUCUUUCUUCUUUUGUUUUGUUGAGAGGUUAUGGGGAAAGGGAAGAAAUUAGUACCACUACAUUCAUAUUUGGUUUUAGUUGUAUAUUUUCUACUACUUCUAUUCUAUACCAUUUCUAUUUUACAUAA